CCGCUGCUAGACACCAUCUCUCUGCAGCUGGUUCUUGUUUCGCAUCGCCCUGCACCGUGCGAAUUCCUCCGUCCAUGGCAACCCACUCCAUAAGCCAAGAACCUGCCCGGCGCACAGCGCAAUCCCUUCUUCCCUAACUCAAAGGCAAGAAUCUGCCCUCCAAUCUCCUCCUCUCACAGCCUGCCAGCAUCAGAUUCUCUACACCAGUGGAUUGAGUUGCAGUUCGUGGUAACUGCCCUGUCUACCAAUCAAUCAUCCAUCUUCCCAGCACUUUUCACCCUGCAUUAACCUCUCCUCCAAGUUCCUGUCAUCUGCCAACAGCACAGCCUGUGUGUCACCAGGGCGGCCCCACUGCUCCUCUCCUCUUGCUCGCUGGCGGCCCCUAGGAUCUCCUCCCCUUGGUUCCAUCUCCAGAGUUCAGAGUUCGCCGGGUUCUUUAGUUCGGGUGGAGGUAGGCAUCGUGGCCGAUUUUUUAGAAGAACGAUGCAGUUUCUCCUCCCAAGAAGGUGUCCUAGCUUUACUUGGGUUUGGGUUUUGGGUUCUUGCUUGUGAGCUCUGCGGAAUUGGGCACUCUUCCAGGAGUGGCUUGGAGGACGGAUUGUUCGGGAGGAUUUUGGUUUUCUAGAAACUCUUGGUUCAGAAUUGAGUGAUUUGGAGGAAAGUUUGAGUCUUGGUCUCUUAAUUGGUUUGAAGGAGGCAGAAAGGGUUGCCAAUGGAGCCGCUAAGUGGGUUCUGGGCCUCUCUCUUGAGCUUUCUCAAGUUCUUGCCCUACUUCUUCGGCCUCCUCAUCCUGGGGUUCAUCAAAGGUGUUUUGCUGUGCCCUUGGGCAUGUCUUAUUAUGGCAAUUGGAUUAUCUGCACUAGUUCUGGGCUUAUGGCCCAUGCAUCUGAUUUGGACAUACUACUGCAUUAUCAGAACUAAGCUGGUGGGACCUGUAGUAAAGCUUCUGCUUCUUAUUGCUUCUACUGCAAUCUUGAUCAUAUGGUUGAUAAUUGGCAUCCCAGGAAGCGUCUUUGCUGGAUUAGUAUAUGGUUUUCUAGCACCCAUAAUGGCCACAUUCGGUGCAGUUGGAGAAGGCAAAGAAAAGCCAUUCAUUCAUUGUUUUGUGGAUGGAACAUGUAGUACUAUCACUGGAAGCUGUACAGUAGUCAGGGAUGUGAAAGACUUGCUUUUCCACUCCUAUUUUUCAAUUAUGGAUGACUUUCAUCUUCAGAAACCUCCUGAUGGGAAGCCGUAUGAGAUAAGAUUGCUUGAUAUUCCUGGGGCAUUAAUAACUGCUGCAUGUGGGCUCAUACUUGAUGGAAUAAUGUUCACAUUAAUUGCCUUCUACAAGUUCCCUGUGAUGCUUUUCAAAGGAUGGAAACGGCUGAUCCAGGAUAUGAUUGGGAGAGAAGGGCCUUUUCUGGAGACAGCUUGUGUGCCAUUUGCUGGGCUUGCUAUUCUUCUUUGGCCAUUUGCUGUAGUAGGAGCUGUUCUGGCGUCCAUCCUCUCCAGUAUUCCUUUAGGUGCUUAUGGUGCAGUUGUGGCUUAUCAGGAAUCCUCCCUUAUCAUGGGACUUGCGUAUGUUGCCUCAUCAGUGUCCAUCUUUGAUGAAUACACGAAUGAUGUUCUUGACAUGGCACCAGGGUCUUGCUUUCCCAGAUUUAAAUAUCGGAGGAACAAGGAUGAGUCUUCACACGGUGCUGUGUUAUCUAGGCCAGUCUCAUUCAACAAGGAAAAGCAAGAAGGGAAAAAGGCUCCAUCACGUGUUACUUCAUUUAAGAACAGCAUCGAUGAAUUCAAUCCAUUCAAGUUGCUGGACCACCUAUUUGCUGAAUGCAGGCGCCAGGGGGAGGCUUUGGUUAACGAAGGAAUGAUAACAAUGAAAGACAUCGAAGAAACAAAGUCAGGCAAAGUUGGCAGUGGUGUUCUAAAUGUUGAUCUACCAGCAUAUGUUAUUCUUAAUGCACUCCUUCGGUCUGCAAAAGCUAAUUCUGACGGGCUAAUCUUAAAUGAUGGCUCCGAGUUUACAUCUGAUAACAGACCUAAAAGUACUUUCUUUGAUUGGUUCUUUGACCCUCUUAUGGUUAUAAAAGAACAAAUUAAAGCAGAGAAUUUCACAGGAGAAGAGGAAGAAUAUCUGAAAAUGCGAGUACUGUUGGUUGGUCAUCCCGAUCGCAUGAAGGGCACUCUUCCUCAUGUGCCGUCAUUGAAUGAGCGCAAAAAAGCAGAGAUAGACGCAUUUGCCCGCAGAUUGCAAGGAAUCACAAAGUCGAUAUCAAGAUAUCCAACCGCCAAGCGCCGUUUCGAUGUCCUUGUGAAGGCACUCUUGUCUGAGCUCGAGAGGAUGAUGGGCGGCAGCCAAUCUGCCAAUGGAUCCCAAGCACAGAGGUUGCGAAACUCUGUAGCCCGGAUGCUCAGCCAGAAAUCCCUGGGCAAGACAGCAAACAUCAGGGAUGAAGAUCCUGAAACGCAAAUGACAAGCUCUUCUCACACUCCGUGAUAGUUUGUAGUUUGACAAUGCUGUGUGUACUUGAAUAUUAGUGUAGAGAACUUUUCACAUGUCAUCUCCAGCUUUGUAUAAAUGAGUAGAUGCUGCAGCUUUGAGCUAAUUGUAACCAUUCUCCUGUAUGAUUUGUGUAUUUUGUGCACUUUAUGUAUGCAAUGAAAUGUUUCACGUUGUGGA